UACACGCGGAAAGAUCUCUUGGCAGUCGAUUUAUCAUACACUUGGUCAUCUACCAUGGCUGAUCCGGAAGUAGUGAACGGCGUCGAAGAUUCCACUGACAAGAAACAGAAAAAAUCUUCAAAGCACGAUGGGGGUGCCGCUGAUUUAGAACGUGUGACGGAUUAUGCAGAAGAAAAAGAAAUCACAUCCCACAAUUUGUGUUCGAAUGCUGCCAACUUGUUUGAAGAUAAGCGAAACAAAGAAAAUGAGGAAAAGCUGGCUAUGGAACGAGAGCUACAAAAGGUUCACGUGAAAAAGGAAGACAUAGAACUUAUUAUUCGUGAAAUGGAAAUUACUCGCAGUAAGGCAGAGCAAACACUAAGAGUGCAUAGAGGCGACGUCGUUGCUGCCUUGGAAGCCCUUACAAACUAGCUAGCAGUCCACCAAAAAGGAUAAAGUUUCUAUAUUUUCUGUGAAAUCCGUAAACCGUCGAUCUUGGUGGAUAAAGAACAAC